AUGGCACCGAAGAAGAAACCUCUGAAGCAAAUCAACAAAACUGUCGUUUCUCCACUACAAAAUUCGAGCCAUAAGAAACCGUCUAAACCCCCAAAGCUUCUGCUUUCGCCGGAGGAAGAGGAACGCUUGCGGCGACUCUUGCUCAGUUCUCGCCGGACCUCUUCUCCGGUUAAGGCUCCUAUCCUUAGUGCGCUCGUCAAGGCUCAGACGAAGAAGAAACUCAUUAAUCUCUACGAUAAACUCUCUUGCGAAGGCUUUUCAAAUGAUCAGAUCGAAUCCGCUCUCUCCUCUCUUAUAGAUCGAGCAACAUUUGAGUCUGCUCUUGAUUGGCUCUGCUUAAACUUCCCGAGUCUCGAGUUGCCAUUGAAAUUUUCUUCAGGAGCUUCUCGCUUUCCUACGACAUGCGGUUCCGUGGGUGUGAUAUCGACGUCACGGGAAGAUUUGACUGAGUCUGGUAACUCUUUGGUCGAGUUAAAGCAGGAAGAGCCUGAAGUUUUAAUACGAGUGAAGAGCAAGCGAGAUGAAGAAGAAGACACUCUUAGUUCUUGUCAAUUAUCUUCUCAAGCUGAUUGGAUUCGUCAGUACAUGAGAAGACUUGAAGAGGAAGAAAUGGAAUCUUCGGACGAGGAGGUACCUGGUCCAAGGCCUUUCGAUGAGAUUGCCGAGGAAUAUUGUUUGGAAAGAUCAGAUGCUGUAAAAGCAAAGAGGAAGGGUGAUGAAAGAGGACAGAAGCAAGCAGGCCUAGCCAUUUGCAAGCUCAAGCAAGAGUUAUCUGCAGGGAUAUCAGAAGGAAUGUUGGAAUCUGAGUUUCUGCGUGAACAAUGUUUUGAAGACGCUACAGAGAAAGAAGUAACCUCCACCAUGCCUGAUGACGUUCAUCAGCUGUUAGAUGACUUGAACUUGGAUGAAAAUCUUGUUGGAAGCUGUAAUUCUGAGGAGUCUCAACCUAAAGCUCUUCUUUUAUACACCUCGGGACAAGAAUCGGUUAUGUCGGAAGAUGUUUUAGAUGACAUGAAGCUUGGCGAUUUGUUCUUAGAAGAUGUUCCGCCUUAUGAACCUUCGCCUCUUGAACUCCAGGAGUUACAGAAGAAGGAAAUUAUGAGAGAACUAUGCAAUGAGAGAAAUCUUGAGAAACUUAAGGAUAUCUGGAAGAAGGGCCAAUCACGAAAGAUCCCAAAGGCAAUACUCCAUCAAUUGUGUCAAAAGUCAGGGUGGGAAGCACCAAGGUUCAAUAAAGUAACAGGGGAAGGAAGCAGUUUCUCAUAUACCAUAACUGUUAUGGUUAAAUCCAGUGGAUGUUGUAAAAGCAGACAAGCUGGGGAUCUGGUAACUCUUAAACUUCCUCAUCAAGCUAAGGAUUGUGAAUCCAUCGAGGAUGCACAAAACAGAGUUGCGGCAUUUGCGCUCCAUAAGCUCUUUUCUGAUUUGCCUGUUUACUUUGCAAUUACUGAGCCUUAUGCCUCUCUAGUUUUGAUCUGGAAACAAGAGGAAUCAUUGGGUAUACAAAGCAGCGAAGAAGAACGAAGAGCAAAGUUUGUUGACAGCUUACUUGAGGCAGACAAUUUCAAUUUGACCACUUCGUUGAGUGGAAAAAACGGUGCACUUUCAAUGGCAGACUCCUGUGUCAAAGAGAAUGAUGACUUGGAUGUUGUCAAAUCUAACCAUAGAGCUAAAAGAGACUCUUCCAUUGAAGCUGAAUGUUCUUCUUUGAAACGAAAACAAGAAAACAAGAAGAAAAUUCCGAAGUACAAGGACAUGUUGAAAGCUAGAGCUGCUCUUCCUAUAUCAGAAUUGAAGAAUGACAUACUGCAACAUCUGAAAGAAAAGGAUGUCUUGGUGGUAUGCGGAGAAACAGGCUCUGGAAAGACUACACAGGUUCCUCAAUUUAUAUUGGAUGAUAUGAUCGAGUCGGAGCGUGGUGGAUACUGUAAUAUCAUAUGCACACAACCUCGGCGGAUGGCAGCUAUCUCUGUUGCACAAAGAGUUGUUGAUGAGCGCUGUGAAUCCCCUCCUGGCGUAGGUGACUCCUUGGUUGGUUAUCAAAUUCGUCAUCAAAGUGCAAGGAGUGAGAAGACAAGGCUUCUCUUUUGUACUACUGGCACUCUACUGAGGAAACUUGGGGGGGAUAAAACCUUGAAAGGUGUUUCACAUAUCAUAGUCGAUGAAGUGCAUGAGCGGUCUCUUAAGGGUGAUUUUCUUCUCAUCUUUUUGAAGAGAAUGAUUGAGAAGCAAUCCUGCGACAAAGCAUCACCUAAACUGAAAGUUAUCCUUAUGUCUGCUACUAUUGAUGCAGAUCGGUUCUCAAGAUAUUUUGGACAAUGUCCUGUAGUAACGGCUCAAGGACGAACACACCCGGUUACUACUUACUUUCUGGAGGAGAUUUAUGAGAAGACUAAAUACCUACUGGCUCCAGAUUCUCCUGCCGCCCUAAGAUCUGAUUCAUCCAAUCAAGACGAGCUUGGUCCUGUAAAGGUCCAUAGGGGAAAGAAGAAUCAUAUGUUGGCUGGAUGGGGCGAAAAUUAUAUGGUUUCAGAGGACUGUCUUAAGUCGUCUUAUGUUUCCACUAAUUACGAAGCUUACAGCGUUAUUGACUACGAGCUUCUUGAAGAAUUGAUAUGCCACAUUGAUGCCAAUAAUGAGGAAGGAGCCAUUCUUGUGUUUUUGCCUGGAAUGUCAGAAAUUUCCAUGUUACUCAAUAGGUUAUCUGCUUCCGAUCGUUUUCGUGGACUUUCUGCGAAGUGGCUUUUGCCUCUGCAUUCUUCUAUUGGACCUAAAGAACAGCAAAAGGUGUUUUGGCGCCCGCCUAAAGGCAUACGGAAGGUUAUCGUAGCUACAAAUAUUGCAGAGACCAGUAUAACAAUUGAAGAUGUGGUGUAUGCGAUUGACAGUGGCAAACACAAGGAAAAACGCUAUAAUCCACAGAAGAAGUUGUCAAGCAUGGUGGAAGAUUGGAUAUCUAAAGCAAAUGCAAGACAAAGAAUGGGAAGAGCUGGACGUGUCAAACCCGGAAUUUGCUUUUCAUUGUACACACGGCAUAGGUUCGAGAAGCUCAUGCGUCCCUAUCAGGUUCCUGAGAUGCUGCGGGAGCCUUUAGUAGGGUCUUGUUUACAAAUCAAAUCGCUUGGCUUGGGUCACAUUAAGCCUUUUAUGUCCAAGGCAACUUUGGAACCUCCGAGUGAAGGUGCUAUAAACUCUGCAAUUUCAUUGUUGCGCAAGGUCGGUGCUGUUGAAGGAGACGAGGAGUUAACACCGCUUGGGCAUCAUUUAGCAAAACUUCCUGUUGAUGUGUUGAUUGGAAAGAUGCUAUUAUAUGGUGGCAUUUUUGGUUGCUUAUCACCUAUUCUCUCGAUUGCUGCUUUCUUGAGCGACAAAUCGCCAUUUACAUAUCCCAAAGAUCAGCAAAAUGUCGACCGGGUGAAACUUGCUCUUUUGUGUGAUAAGCUGGAGAGUUCGAGUAAUCUAAACAACAAUGACAAACAAUCUGAUCACCUCCUUAUGAUGGUUGCAUACGAGAAAUGGGCGAAGAUACUGCAUGAGCAAGGAUUUCAAGCUGCAGAGAGGUUCUGUGAUUCAAAGUUUUUGAGCAGCUCUGUGAUGCAGACGAUAAGAGACAUGAGAAUACAGUUUGGCACUUUACUUGCUGACAUCGGACUCAUCAAUCUUCCUAAAAGUAAAACAGGCGAGAGAAGGAAAGAUAAUCUUGAUGUUUGGUUUUCUGAUAAAACUCAACCUUUCAAUAUGUAUUCACAAGAACCUGAAGUUGUUAAGGCUAUAUCAUGCGCGGGGCUAUGUCCGAAUAUCGCAGAGGGAUUGGUUAACCGUUUAACAAAGCCAGAAAAACAAACACAACGUUAUGCAGUAUGGCAUGAUGGCAGAAGAGAAGUCCAUAUCGAUCAUACUUCUAUAAAUAAGAACUGCAAAGCGUUUCAAUACCCUUUCCUUGUAUUCUUUGAGAAGGUUGAAUCAAAGAAAUUAGUUUAUCUGCGAGAUACAACCAUUGUUUCUCCUUUCUCUAUUCUACUUUUUGGUGGCUCAGUCGAUGUUCAUCAUCAGAGUGGAACAGUCACCAUUGAUGGGUGGUUGAACCUAGCAGCACCAGCUCAAACCGCAGUUUUGUUCAAAGAGCUUCGGUUAACACUCCAUUCCAUUCUCAAAGAUCUCAUCCAAAAACCCGAGAAAUCAGGUAUAGUCCACAACGAAGUCGUCAAAGCUAUGGUUCAUUUUCUUAUAGAAGAAGGCAAACAGCAACGCUCAUGA